UCAUUUCCGGUGUGAAGCCCGUUUGUGAAACAUACGAAAGUGUAUUGUUCAAUUUUCUUUUCUUUUCCGUCACAAAUUUUCUAAUAUAAAGUGUCGUGUAUAUGUUUAUAAAAUAUAGUUUAGUUCACUAAUUAUAUUUAUAGAUCGCAUUGAAUUUGAAAGAACAUCCAGGAGGGCCUGUCAUAGACAGCGAGAAGGUCGGUGCGGCGUGCGCGAUUCUACUCGCUGCAGCUUCUCCAGAAGCCAGGAUCAACAAUUCAUCAAGUCGCAGAGCUCUCGUCCAUCUGGGCGUUACCGUUUUAUAUGACUUUAGCAAGAUAUUCAGAAACAUCAGUACUGUGCGCGGAGAGUAGUCGGUGUGUUGCCACAGGAGGAACGGCCGCCAGCCGUCGAGGGUGCAUGACGCUUAACACAACCAGAUAUACCGUGCGAAGAACAUCAAAAUUUUGCAGUAACAGGCAUCGGAAGUUACUGCCGCUCCGACAGACGUGACUGGCGACGGCCGCGGGACCCGGACCCGCACUGCACCGCACACGGACACUCCUGCUCGAACCAGUGUAAAUAUCAAGUCAAAAUAGUUAAUUAUCUAUAUAACGUGUAAAUAGAGGAAGCAAACAAAACCCAACAACCCGUCCAAAAUGGGUUCCUUAAACGUGAACCGUAACGUCUCCGAUGCGUUCUACCGGUACAAGAUGCCGCGGAUAUGCGCCAAGGUCGAAGGGAAGGGGAACGGCAUCAAGACGGUCAUCGUCAACAUGCCUGAAGUCGCCAAGGCGCUGGGGAGACCAGCCACGUACCCAACAAAGUACUUUGGUUGUGAAUUGGGUGCCCAGACUCAGUUUGACUUCAAGAAUGAGCGUUUCAUUGUCAACGGAAGCCAUGACUCGUCUAAACUUCAAGAUCUAUUGGACGGAUUUAUUCGUAAAUUCGUGCUGUGCCCUGAGUGCGACAACCCCGAGACCGAGCUGAUUGUAUCCACGAAGCGGAACACCAUCUCCCAAGGAUGCAAGGCCUGCGGUUACCACGGACAGCUUGACUUCAAUCACAAGUUGAAUACUUUUAUACUCAAGAACCCGCCUGCCAAUGAUCCGGCUGUGCAAGGCUCUUCACUGACUGAGGGCAAUCGUGGAAAACGCUCGAAGCGCUCUGGUCCUGGAUCCAACAACACUGCGACCAACGGCAGCCACGAGGGACAAGAAACUGAAGCUAAAAAUGAACCGGAAGCGGUGUCGAGUCCCACAGCUACCGCAGCUCCGAGCACUAAGAAGGAGAAGUCCAAGAAAACUGGCGAUGAUGGCGAUGAGGACGACGACGGCUGGACCGUGGAUGUCAGCGAGGAGGCUGUGCGGGCCAGGAUGCAAGAUCUAACUGAAGGAGCUAAGAUCAUAACAUUGUCAGAAGACAGUGAGAAGAAUGAGAAGCAGCGGAUGGAUCUGUUCUAUGCAUUUUUGAAGCAACGAGCAGCCAGCGGUCAGGUGCAGGGAACCAAGGCCAUCUCUGAGAUCCUGCACGAGGCCGAGAGAUUGGAAGUGAAGUCGAAGGCGCCGCUGGUGCUGUUCGAGGUGCUGGUGAACGCGGCGUCGGUGGGCGGUGACGUGAAGAAGCACCGCGCCCUGCUGCUGCGCUUCACGCGCCAAGACCCGCGCGCGCAGCGAGCCGCCCUGCACGCCCUCACCGCGCUCGCGCACCACCACGCCGCGCUGCUGCCGCGCGUGCCCGCCGUGCUCAAGCUUCUUUACGACGAAGACAUCGUAGAAGAGAAGGCUAUACUGGAGUGGGCUAGCAAACCAUCGCGCAAAUACGCAUCCAAGGAAGUCGUAGCCGAAGUGAGGAAACGGGCCCAACCCUUCCUCGACUGGCUGCAGCAGGCCGAGGAGGACUCGAGUGACGACGACGACGAGGAGGAAGAUAUCGAGAUCGAGUACGACGACCGCGCCAAGGCGACCCCCAUCAAGGCUGUGGCUACUGCGGCCAACAACAAACCGAAGCAGGAAGAAGACGAUGACGAUUUCGAUAUCGACGCCAUUUAAACACACAGCUUUCUACACUCAAUUUCUGUUAAUCCUAUUAUAUGUUUUUUUUUCAAAGUGAAUCACA